UGGAUUUGAAGACUUAUUCAAGCCUUUUGAAUUGCUUGCAUUUACUUGAUGCAGAAUAGGCUUGGGCUUUCUCAGUCCUUUUCUUAUAGAGUAUUUGGUGAGGAAUGCAACAGUGUUGAUAUCUACAAAGCUAGAACCAAAGAUAUUGUUGGAUCGUCUGUGUGUGACUUCAAUGAGGAUAGACCUGGAUCACUUCGUGAUGCCUGCAGAAGAAAGGAACCAUUGUGGAUUGUCUUUGAAGUUUCAGGAACGAUUAAACUUAACACGGGCAUAAAGGUAUCAUCCUAUAAAACAAUUGAUGGUCGUGGCCAAAGGGUAAAGUCUGGCAAGGGCUUGCAACUUAGAGAAUGUGAGCAUGUGAUUGUAUGCAACCUGGAGUUUGAAGGUGGCAGGGGUCCUGAUGUUGAUGCCAUUCAGAUAAAACCCAAUUCAAGGCACAUAUGGAUUGACCGUUGCAGUUUGCGCGAUUAUGAUGAUGGACUUAUUGAUAUAACACGGGCUAGUACCGUUAUCACGGUCUCAAGAUGCCAUUUUUUUGGGCACGAUAAAACAAUGCUUCUUAGAGCAGAUCCAACUCACAUUGACGACCGAUGUAUUCAUGUGACUAUUCAUCACUGUUUCUUUGAUGGGACAAGGCAAAGACAUCCUCGUGUGAGAUUUGGGAAAGUGCAUCUAUACAACUACACAAGAAAUUGGGGUAUAUAUGCUGUCUGUGCAAGUGUAGAAUCACAGUUUUUUUCUCAAUGCAACAUAUAUGAAGGUGGACAGAAGAAAGUGGCUUUCAAGUAUCUUGAAGGGAAGGCAACAGAUAGAGAAUAUGCUAUGUGUGGCGGGAUAGGAUCCGAGGGUGACAUGUUCCUUAAUGCUGCUCAAUCUGGAUUGAUGAUUGAGAGUGUUGAGAAACGUGCAUUCAAGCCCCAAGUGUUCUAACCAAAAUGGACCAUGGAACCAGCAACUGAGUCAUUGAAGGAUGUCAUAAGUUUGUACAGGAUGGCAAGCGGUGGCUCGGCCUCAAGAUGCUGGUUGUGUUGCAUGAGAGAGCAACUCUUUUAAGCUGUAUGCAUAAACGAACUAUUUAUUUAGGAGAGAUGGAUUAUGGUAUUGUUGGAUUGGGUCAGGAGUGUAAGAUAAAUUGUAUUCAGGUACACUAGAAAAAAAAAAGAUAAAUUGUAUUCAGGUGGUGAUUUAUACGUGUUCACCACAAAAAAAUGGACGUGAAAUUAGCGUAGUGUGCAUGUAAAGCGCCUUAGUAUAUUCGUGUUUUUAAA